AUAAGCUUGGAUACGGGAGAAAUCGCGCUUGACUCUUGGCAGCGAGACAAUUCUCAGUCAUCCAUAGACAUUAAACGAAAUAAUUUGUAUCGCUUGGCAAGCUGUAGAAAAUAUCAAAGCAACACAGACAACAAAGUGUAAUUGGCAAGAUGAGGUGGGAAAUUGCGUUUUUGCUGUUGCCUCUCAUGGCAAACAUGCUGACCUUAACAGAAGCCAUACGCGUAAAACGUGUUGUUGGAGGCCGUGAGGCCAAAGCACCGCCACCAGACGAUCCAGUUGUGUUUACACGCAUUUUCAAUCGAGACGCUCGCGUUGAGGGAUUCCGUAAUCCACGCACCGGCAUAUACAGUUUCUUGGGUUUGUAUUAUGCUGAACCCCCAACUGGAAGCAAUCGCUAUGCCCGUCCUGUCUACAAAAGGUUGGCCGGAGAUAUCAAUGCCACAAGGCAUGGACCACCCUGUAUACAACCUGAUCCAUAUAAUCCCAAUCGUGUUGUGGGUGAUGAAAACUGUUUGCUGCUCAAUGUUUACACACCACGAAUGCCGGAUGAAACUUCUGGCCUGGAGGUCAUAGUAUGGAUACAUCCGGGAGGUUUUCGGUAUGGCUCAGCUGCCCAAUAUGAUGGCACACCAUUCGCCCAGCAAAAUGUUAUAGUGGUGGCUCCACAAUAUCGCCUGGGCUCACUGGGUAUAAUAGGCGAUGGCACUAAAGAGUUUGAUGGCAAUUUGGCCAUGUUUGAUAUGGCAGCAGCAUUGCGCUGGGUUAAUGAUUACAUAUCGUAUUUUGGCGGAGAUUCCAAGAAGAUAAAAGCUGUGGGUCAUGGUUCUGGAGCAGCAAGCGCCAUGUAUUUAUCAAUGUCACGAUCAGCUAGAAGUGCUGGUGAUAUUACCGGUGUGGUUGCUAUGUCCGGCACAGCUCUAUCGCAGUAUGCCACCGAUAAGGAGCCCGUCCAAAGUGUACAGGAAGUGGCGGAGAUUAAUGGAUGCCCGGCAGGCAAUGAAAGGGAAAUUGUGAAUUGCUUAAGACAGAAACAAGCCAAAGACAUAAUAGCGAAUGAUGGAAAAAUCCAAACCGAACGUUUGGCUGGUCGUGCCAUGAUAAAAGGUUUGGGAGGAAGUAUGGGCUUCCAGCCGCAUAUAGAAGGUGAAAACGAUGGACGUGCUUUGCCCAGUCUCAUAGAGGAUGAACCCGAUCAACAGCUAAAGAGUGGUAAUUUUACAGCCAUUCCCCUUUUGACGGGUGUUGUAAAGCAUGAGACGGCCAAUGCUUUCACUCUGGAUAACAUUAACAAAGUUUAUGGUUCUGCGGAGGAGUUUUUGGGAUCAUUGUCCGACACCCUAUUGCAGUUGUCAUCAUUUUUGCGUAUAGACUCAGUCACAGGAAAAGUUCUCAAACCAAAUUUGCCUGGCUUGACUAGUGUGUUAACACCUACAUUGGAACAAGUUCUGCAAAUACCGGAUACUUUGAAUUUGAGUCAAAUUCUAUCGAAGGUUAUUGAAUCCACCACCGAUAUCUUGUUUAAUCUUCCUGCUGUUCUGACCACCCAAGUUUGGUCUCAGAUAGCUCCUGCUUUUAUGUAUAGCUUUGAGUACAAUGGCACCACUUCGAAGGGCAUUAAUUUCCUAAGAGGCUUGCCUUUAGUAGCAGAUUCGGCAAAUUCCAAUACUGAAAUGGUUGGCCAUGGCGAUGAAUUGGGUUACAUGUUCGAUUGCAAUGAUAUCUAUGGCAAUCCCUUGCCUGAGACUCGUCUUACCUCCGAGGAAGAUUUAAAAGUGCGCAAUAACCUCAUUGGUAUGAUAGUAAAAUUCUCGAAAACCUUUAAAGAGGAUACCAAACAAGGCUCAAUUACCGACAGCCUAUUCAAAAGUGUUAGCGGUAAAGGCAUUCCCUUCAUAAAGGUGGACACCUCUUUGGCAGCCUCUUCAGAUUUUCGUUUUUGUGAGCUUUCCCUUUUUGGCGCCUCUUUGAGCCCCUUGACUUCUACCACUUGUGCUGGACUAGGCAAUGUUUUGGGCUCUUUAACAGGUUCCUUGGGUAGCAUUUCCGAGGGAUUGGCCGGCUCUUUGAGUGGUGGUGGUCAAGGAAAUCGCGUUGGGGGUGGUCUCUUUGGUAGUGGCCAGGCGACAUCGGCUGAAGGCCCAAAGAAUAGACCCCAAAGCGGAGGCUUAUUCGGAUCAUCUUUAAAUGGUGGAGGCUUAGGUAUACUAGGUUAAGAUGUCAUUUAUUUCUUAAUAAAGUUUAAAAUUAAAUUGUCUUGAAUAAA